ACAGUCAGGAGAAAGCCGAAAGCUGCACGGGUACUGAAUCUUCUACGACUGAAUUAGAAGAAUAAUGACUGUACAAUUAACUAUCAACCUCUGCUCAUUUAAGCCCAGUUUUUUCAGAGACCAGGAGAAAUAUGGAACUUGAUUGGCAUGUUUGUAUUCGAUGGUGACUGCAAAUAGAUGACUUUAAAAGACAGGUGGUAAGGAGAAAUAAGGGACGGAAAAAAAGAAAGAAAAUGCAAUUUGAGACAUUGCGCCAGGUCUGCAAUUCCGUUUUAUCUCAUUUCCAUGGGGUUUUUUCAUCCCCACCAAAUAUUUUACAAAAUGAGCUUUUUGGACAAACGCUGAACAAUGCAAGGAAAAGAAGUCCAUCAGUGUCCAGAGAUCAGAACAGAAGAUACGACCAAAGGGAAGAAAGAGAGGAGUACUCACAGUAUGCUACUUCAGAUAGCGCAAUGCCUAGAUCUCCAUCAGAUUAUGCUGAUAGGCGAUCUCAACAUGAAUCUCAAUUUUAUGAAGAAUCUGAUCAUGUAAGUUAUAGGGACUCCAACAGGAGAAGUCACCGGCAUUCCCAAGAAUAUAUUGAAGAUGAGGAGGAGGAUGUGGAAAGCAGAGAUGAAUAUGAAAGACAAAUGAGAGAGGAGGAGUACCAGGCACGCUACCGAAGUGAUCCAAAUUUGGCCCGUUAUCCUGUAAAGCCCCAACCCUACGAAGAACAAAUGCGUAUCCAUGCUGAAGUGUCCCGAGCACGGCAUGAGAGAAGACAUAGUGAUGUUUCUCUGGCAAAUGCUGAAUUGGAAGAUUCUAGGAUUUCUAUGCUAAGGAUGGAGCGACCAUCAAGGCAAAGAUCUAUAUCCGAACGGAGAGCUGCCAUGGAAAAUCAGCGAUCUUAUUCAGUGGAAAGAACACGAGAGGCUCAGGGACCAGGUUCUUAUCAACAAAGGACCACAAACCAUAGUCCUCCUACCCCCCGGAGGAGUCCUAUACCUAUCGAUAGACCAGACAUGAGGCGCACUGACUCAUUAAGGAAACAACACCACUUAGACCCUAGCUCGGCUGUAAGGAAAACGAAACGGGAAAAAAUGGAAACCAUGUUAAGGAACGAUUCUCUCAGUUCAGACCAGUCAGAGUCAGUAAGACCUCCACCACCAAAGCCUCAUAAAUCAAAGAAAGGAGGUAAAAUGCGCCAGGUUUCAUUGAGCAGUUCAGAGGAGGAAUUAGCUUCCACGCCAGAAUAUACAAGCUGUGAUGAUGUUGAGAUUGAAAGUGAGAGUGUAAGUGAAAAAGGAGACAUGGAUUACAACUGGUUGGACCAUACGUCUUGGCCUAGCAGUGAGGCUUCCCCAAUGUCUUUGCAUCCUGUGACCUGGCAACCUUCUAAAGAUGGAGAUCGUUUAAUUGGUCGCAUUUUAUUAAAUAAACGCCUAAAAGAUGGAAGUGUACCUCGAGAUUCAGGAGCAAUGCUUGGCUUAAAGGUUGUAGGAGGAAAGAUGACAGAAUCAGGUCGGCUUUGUGCAUUUAUUACCAAAGUAAAAAAAGGAAGUUUAGCUGAUACUGUAGGUCAUCUUAGACCAGGUGAUGAAGUAUUGGAAUGGAAUGGAAGACUAUUACAAGGAGCUACCUUUGAAGAAGUGUAUAACAUUAUUCUGGAAUCCAAACCUGAACCACAAGUGGAGCUUGUUGUUUCAAGGCCUAUUGGAGAUAUACCUAGAAUACCUGAUAGCACCCAUGCACAACUGGAAUCCAGUUCUAGCUCAUUUGAAUCUCAAAAAAUGGAUCGUCCUUCAAUUUCCGUUACAUCUCCCAUGAGUCCUGGCAUGUUGAGGGAUGUUCCACAGUUCUUAUCUGGACAACUUUCAAUAAAACUGUGGUUUGACAAGGUUGGUCACCAAUUAAUAGUUACAAUUUUGGGAGCAAAGGAUCUCCCUUCCAGGGAAGAUGGGAGGCCAAGGAAUCCUUAUGUUAAAAUUUACUUUCUACCAGAUAGAAGUGAUAAGAACAAGAGAAGAACUAAGACAGUAAAGAAGGCAUUGGAACCCAAAUGGAAUCAAACAUUCAUUUAUUCUCCAGUCCACCGAAGAGAAUUUCGAGAACGAAUGCUAGAGAUUACUCUUUGGGAUCAAGCUCGAGUUCGAGAGGAGGAAAGUGAAUUCUUAGGAGAGAUUUUAAUUGAAUUAGAGACAGCAUUAUUAGAUGAUGAGCCACAUUGGUACAAACUUCAGACCCAUGAUGUCUCUUCAUUGCCACUCCCCCACCCUUCUCCGUAUUUGCCUCGGCGACAGCUGCAUGGAGAGAGCCCAACACGAAGGUUACAAAGAUCAAAGAGGAUCAGUGACAGUGAAGUCUCUGACUAUGACUGUGAUGAUGGAAUCGGUGUAGUAACAGAUUAUCGGCAUAAUGGUCGUGAUCUUCAGAGCUCAACACUCUCAGUGCCAGAACAAGUAAUGUCAUCAAACCAUUGUUCACCAUCAGGGUCUCCCCACCGAGUAGAUGCAAUAGGAAGAACUAGAUCAUGGUCACCCAGUGUCCCUCCUCCACAAAGUCGGAAUGUGGAACAGGGACAUCGAGGGACACGUUCAUCUACUGGACAUUAUAAUACAAUUAGCCGAAUGGAUAGACAUCGUGUCAUGGAUGAUCAUUAUUCUCCAGACAGAGACAGUCAUUUUCUUACUCUACCUCGCUCCAGAUACAGGCAGACCAUUGAGCGUCAUCACAGGGAUGGCAGGGAUUGUGAAGCAGCAGAUAGACAGCCAUAUCACAGAUCCAGAUCAACAGAACAACGGCCUCUCCUAGAGCGGACCACCACCCGCUCCAGAUCCACUGAACGUCCUGAUACAAACCUCAUGAGGUCGAUGCCUUCAUUAAUGACUGGAAGAUCUGCCCCUCCUUCACCCGCCUUAUCGAGGUCUCAUCCUCGUACUGGGUCUGUCCAGACCAGCCCAUCAAGUACUCCAGGGACAGGACGAAGGGGACGACAGCUUCCACAGCUUCCACCAAAGGGAACGUUGGAGAGAAAGGCAGGAGGCAAAAAGCUCCGCAGUACUGUCCAGAGAAGUACGGAGACUGGCCUGGCGGUGGAGAUGAGGAACUGGAUGACUAGACAGGCGAGCCGCGAGUCCACCGAUGGCAGCAUGAACAGCUAUAGCUCGGAGGGAAAUCUGAUAUUCCCUGGUGUCCGCUUGGCCUCUGAUAGCCAAUUCAGUGAUUUUUUGGAUGGCCUUGGCCCUGCCCAGUUAGUGGGGCGCCAGACAUUGGCUACACCUGCAAUGGGUGACAUUCAGGUAGGCAUGAUGGACAAAAAAGGACAGUUGGAGGUGGAAAUCAUUCGGGCCCGUGGCCUUGUUGUCAAACCAGGUUCCAAGACACUGCCAGCACCGUAUGUAAAGGUCUAUCUACUCGAUAACGGAGUCUGCAUCGCCAAAAAGAAAACAAAAGUGGCCAGGAAAACGCUGGAGCCCCUUUACCAGCAGCUAUUGUCAUUCGAAGAGAGUCCCCAGGGAAAAGUUUUACAGAUCAUUGUCUGGGGCGAUUACGGCCGCAUGGAUCACAAGUCCUUUAUGGGAGUGGCCCAGAUCCUUUUAGAUGAACUGGAGCUAUCCAAUAUGGUGAUUGGAUGGUUCAAACUUUUCCCUCCUUCUUCCUUAGUAGAUCCAACCUUGGCUCCUCUGACAAGAAGAGCUUCCCAAUCAUCUCUGGAAAGUUCAACUGGACCUUCUUAUUCUCGUUCUUAGCAGCUGUAAAACUGUUGUCAUAGCAACCAGCGGUCCAAAAACAACAACAACAAACCACAGGUCGCAAACCCUGGUAACACUGCAUGCUUAAUGUUGUGUCUUCUGAGCCUGUUUCUAGGGAUACAAAGUGAUCCUGUGUUCUCAGAGGAAGUUGCACACAUUGUGCCCUAAUGAAGGCCCUCAGGUGAAAGCAGAGCUUUGAAGAACUAACAGGUUUGACGGUCCAUGACUCGACUUUUGGUCCAAUCUGAAGCCAUGGAUUAAUCUAAGAAUCAGUCAGUUUCAUGCAACAAUUGCCCUUUUCAAUGGCAUCUUUCUAUUUUUAUCGUUCCUUUUUCUUCAUUUCUCUAACCCCAAAGCCCUGGUACGCCACAGAAAUGGAGCUCUAUAGCCAUUAAGCCAUGAUACAAGUCAAGGAAUGAAGUUCCAGGAAGCAUCAGGUGACAAGCAGGAGACCAAAGAAGUGGUCAGAACAAAAGGUGAGACCUCCUCUGGACAGUGAUGAGGAGCAGUCCAGGGCACGUCCCCACAACUCCGUAGCUCCAGGAGACACAAUGCCAAGAUGUGUAGGGCUCUGAAAACCAAGAUUCUGUGGCUACACUGUACUGAAUGAAACUAAAGAGACUUUUUUUGCAUGGACACAGAUUAGCUGAAUACUUAAAUUAUUUUCUUGGGGCUGCAACUU